CUUAUUACAAGUGACGUUAAUUUUGAUGGGAUGGAUGGAGUACAUAAAAAGUACUAUUCUCUCUUUAUUACAAACAAUUUAAUAUGGUAAGUAGGAACAUAAAUAACUGGCAACUGGCAGUAGCUUUUAUGUAUAAUAAACACUGAUAGUAGCCUUACGUACCUGUUCUUAAGGUUAAAAUGUAGCUGGUCUGAGUUUAUUCUUGUUUAUAACAAGUUUGGGAAUCAUAAUGGGGACGGAUUAGUGGAUUACUACUACUUGUACAACAUUAUAUUGAAUGAAACAGACUAAACUACUCACGCCGAACUCUAUUAAUGUCCAUGGUCCAAUUUGAUAUCACCAUUUAUUACUUCACAACAAACAUCAUAACCCCCCUAGUAUUAUUUAUUAUUUAAAUGAUUUCCUGCAACAAAGUGUACUAACUAGAACAAUGGAACACCAAACAAAAAACAGAGCAAACUCAACACAACUUACACCACUCAAUUUCUUAGACAGAGCUGCCAUUGUCUACGGUGACUCCACUUCCAUUAUUUACAAUCGUACCACCUUCACUUGGUCUCAAACUCACCGUCGAUGUCUUCAAUUAGCUUCCUCUCUUUCAUCCCUCGGUAUCAAAAAGGGACACGUCGUUUCUGUUCUCUCUCCCAACACACCCGCAAUGUACGAACUUCAUUUCGCUGUUCCUAUGUCCGGUGCCAUUCUCAACAACCUUAACUUCCGUCUCGACCAUAAAUCACUCUCCGUGCUCCUCAUCCACAGCGAAUCAAAACUCGUCUUUGUAGACACUCUCUCCCUUUCUCUAACACUCAACGCUCUCUCUCUCUUCCCGAUAAACACCCAACGUCCACACAUUGUCCUUAUCAACGACGAUACUCUCGCGUUACACCAUAAUAUUCCUCCUCCACUUCCUAAAAAUGUAAACAUUAUAAACACUUACGAGGCUCUCAUAAAGAAAGGUGAUCCGAAUUUUAAAUGGAUCCGACCCGAUUCUGAAUGGGACCCGAUAACGUUAAACUAUACUUCCGGAACGACUUCGUCUCCUAAAGGCGUAGUGCAUUGCCAUAGAGCAACGUUCAUCGUUUCGCUUGAUUCACUCAUAGAUUGGUCAGUGCCUAAACAACCGGUUUACCUCUGGACGUUACCGAUGUUCCACUCUAACGGGUGGAGCUACCCGUGGGGACUCGCAGCCGUGGGAGGAACAAGUGUAUGCGCGCGUAGAGUCGACGCGCCGACGAUCUACCGUUUGAUCGAAUCACACGGAGUAACACACAUGUGCGCCGCUCCUGUUGUGCUUAAUAUGCUAUCAAAUUUCAACAAAACAAAACCGUUGAAAAAACCGGUUCACGUUCUGACGGGAGGAUCGUCGCCGCCGGCGACGAUCCUCUCUAAGGCGGAGUCGUUAGGUUUCGACGUUAGUCACGGGUACGGAAUGACGGAGACGAUCGGUGUGGUGGUGUCGUGCGCGUGGAAGAGAAAAUGGGAUAGGUUUCCGGCGACGGAGAGGGCGAGGUUGAAGGCGAGACAGGGAGUGAGGAGGGUGGGAGUGACGGAGGUAGACGUGGUGGGACCCACAGGAGAAAGCGUGAAACGCGAUGGUGUAACAGUUGGUGAGAUAGUUGUGAAAGGUGGUUGUUUGAUGCUUGGUUAUUUAAAAGACGAGGAUGCCACGUGGCAGUGUAUGAGAGAGAAUGGUUGGUUUUACACUGGGGAUGUUGGUGUUAUACAUGAGGAUGGGUAUUUGGAGAUUAAAGAUAGGAAAAAAGAUGUAAUAAUAAGUGGUGGAGAGAAUAUGAGUAGCGUGGAGGUUGAGGCGGUUUUAUAUAUGCAUCCGGCGGUUAAGGAAGCGGCGGUGGUGGCUAGACCGGAUGAGUUUUGGGGAGAGACGCCUUGUGCUUUUGUGAGUUUGAAAGAUGAGUUGAAGGAAAGGGAAAUGACGACGGAGAAAGAGGUUAAGGAGUUUUGUAGGGAGAGGUUGCCUCAUUUUAUGGUGCCUAAAACGGUUGUGUUUAAGGAUGAAUUGCCAAAAACUUCAACGGGGAAGAUUCAGAAGCAUGUCCUUAGAAGGGUUGCUCGGGCUAUGGGAUCCUUGCCAAUGCCAAUGUCGCCGCCGCCGCCGCCAUUUCUUUUUCCUAGUCGCAUUUAAUUAUGUAAUGCAAAAUAUGUUGUUCCAUUUACUAUAUUUUACAAAAAUUAUUGAUGUGUUCCAUAGAAAGAGAGGAUAAGGUGUUCAAAAUAAUGAGUCUCCUUAUUGUUAUUGUUUUAUUAUACUCAUGUAGAGGUUAUUUAAUCAUUUUGUGAACAUUCCUUAAAGGUUCACUUUGUUUCAAA